CUUAUUCCGUAUGUUUUUAUAUCGUCCAUCUAAUUACAAUCUUUGCGUUAUGUAAAUGAAUUAUUAACAAUUAUUAAUAAAUAGUUUGUAUUAGAUCAGAUAGAAGAAUUUAAAAAUCCACUUUCAUUUAUUAGUUAUGAAUCUUGACUAUAAAUUUGUCAUCACUAGUAUCAAUAGUAUGACUAAUCUGUAAGAUAACCUUUUUAUAUGAAACAUUGGCAAUAUUCGGGUAAUUACCUAUUUACUUUUCACUUUCACGAUGAAUUAUUUUUUUAUUUAUAGAGUAAGCAUUUUAAGUCAUGUCGAGCAGCACGCGUAAGAGUUUCUCGGUAAAAAUGGUUGGGAGAAAAAUACAGCAAGAAUAUUAUGAACUUCUUCCCGAUUGGAAUAAAUAUGACGUGAAAGAUUUAAACAUAUUGCGCCAAUAUAUUGGAUAUGCGCUAGGUCAUUUUAAUAAUGAAUGGGAACUUGAUAAGAUAGGAAAUGUUGAAAGUGAAUCGUAUAGCGUGAUGGACAACUACUAUUCAGGAAAUGAAGAACAGAAAUCGGUUAAGUGCGAUGAAGAAAUGAACCGUCAAAGGGAAAUGGUAUCUUUAAUAUACAAUCAAAUAAUAACAUAUGGUAGGGAGUCAGAUGGGAGUAUUUUCUGCGGCAUUAUAUAUAAUGUCAUAUAUGAAAUACCAAAAAAGAAUGAACCAAUAAAUUAUGAUACUGUUAUGCACCUACCAAUUUUUAAAAUUAGAAAUCAUGACAAAAUAAAUUUACAUUGCAAUUUUUCGGAAGAAUAUAAUAUACAAUAUAUAGACAAUGAUGGAAGAUUAUACAAAAAUUGGAAUGAUUACUUAAUGUCUAAUAAAUUGUUCGAAUGCAUUAUGGUAGUACCCAAAAAUGGAUAUUACGAAGCAGAUCCUGAUUUUACGAUAACGGAAGAGAAUUCUACGGUAUUGAUCGCGACUUAUCUCUCGCCAGCUUGUUCGAAAAACGCCGAAAUUGUUAAAUACAUAGAUAACACGUUUAGCUUAUUAAACGUUGGUGCUCUUGGGGUUACCGCUGUGUCACUCUUUACUCCUGUUGCACCUCUGGCCCUAUUGGCAGGAUCAACAGCAACAAUCUGCGGCGGUAUUUGGAUGGCUGGCAGAUCUAUAUAUAAUUUAGUUGAUCGUAAGUCACAUAAACAAUCUAUUAGUCCCACGAACAAAAAUGCCCUACCAUCCUGGAUCGCAGUUGCCGGAUCUACAAUGGGGGUGGCAAUGAGCCGUGGAGGUACGAUAAUUUCAAAAGCUGCGCAAGCUGGUAAAAAUGUUGGAUUAGUUACUAAAGCAGCGUAUAAUACAGCAGUAAUUGGUAAUAUGUCAGUCAAUCUCGUUGGUAUUGGAUUCAACGGUUAUUGUAUCGUUAAAAAGUAUCAGGAAGGUCGUAAGGUCGAUGUGAUCGAUGUAUUUUCCUUUGUAAUGCAUGCAAUGUUUUUUGGUAAUACUAUAUUGAAUAUACAAUUUGCCCAUGAUAUUAUUGAUAGUACUCAUGGUAAGGUUCUGCAAGAGUACGAAAGCACUUUACGGAAUAAACGUCAUCGUAAAGCGUACAAUAAAGUAAAAAAUAAGGCACAAUCAAGAGUGGAAAUAGUACGAUACAUUAAGAAAGUUAAAUCAAAAGCAGAACUUUUCCCUUCUAAGAGCGGUAGUCAAGCAACUGGUAGUAAACCAAGUGAUGGUCAACCAAGUGGUAGUCGAGCAAAUGGUAAUAAACCAAAUGAUAGUCAACCAAGUGGUAGUCAACCAAAUGGUAAUAAACCAAAUGGUAGUCGAGCAAAUGGUACUAAACCAAGUGAUGGUCAACCAAGUGGUAGUCAACCAAAUGGUAAUAAAUCAAGUGGUGGUAAACCAAGUGGUAGUCAAUCAAAUGGUAAUGAAACAAAUGAUGGGAACAAAAGUGUUCAAGAAACAAACGUUGAGGAAAAAAGUAUUAAUAAAACGAUUAAUAAAUUAAAGGAUAAUAUUCGAAUAAAUAGCGAUACAAUAAAAAUGUUUGCGAAGAAGAUAACAAUUGUAGGAGGUAAAAUAUAUAUUGCAAAUUUCAUUAUAUUGGAUCCAGUAGUAUUUAUAAAUAACUUGAAGGAACCAAACAUGAAAUUUAGUGAGACCUUUUUAGCCAGUAUUGAUGUUUCCGUUACGCCACUCUGCGGUCAAAUUUUAAGAUUGUUAGCUUCUCAUUGCAGUGAUUAUCCUUUCGUUACUAAAUUAAAUGCCAUCCCAGAAUUUAAAAUGCUCCUUGUUGAGAUGCAGUAUAUAGAUGAUCCGGAAAAGCUCUUAGACAAAAUAUUUUUGCUUUCGGUAAAGAUGCUUAUCAAACAUUUCCAAGGUUCUAAUCAGCCCAUCCUACAUGAAAAGGAGUUAUUCGAAAUAGCAUAUGUCUUAUGGCGCUAUGGGAAGGCACAUGCGAAAGGAAAGCUACGAGAAAGUAAUCAUGAAAGAAUGACGUCAGAAAUAUCUAUUCUAUAUGAUGUUAUGUUGGAUUAUUUCGAUACACUAGCUCCGACCUUUUUACAUGCAUUACGUAUUUAUUGGGAAAAUUCCGCAAGUACAGUAACUUAUACAGAUAAUACACGCCUUUCUUAUUAAUGAUAUAUUCGAGCUAAGAUACGUUAUAUUAAUACGAAGUUAUAAAAAUAAUAAAAUAAGGUACUUUGUAAAUAUAGAUUUAUCUGUUACAAAUCUAUCUGUAAUACGUAUAAUAUUUGUAUUUUAUACAUGAAUUUUUUAUAUCCCUAUUAUUCUUUAUCACGAAGCAAACGAAAGAGAAGAUUUUUAUU